AUGACCAAAGGCCACAUCGCGGCCUUCUACAGCACCAACAAUGCCGAGCAAAAACGGCUCCACGCGCAGCACACCAUCGGCGCCGCCGCCUUCGACAACCAGCUGCUCGUCUUCCCCGGCGCGCAGGACGUCCUCGCCCGGCCCAACCUGCGCAUCCUCGACAACGCGGGCGCGGAUGGCUUCUCGUUGAUGGAGCUGAGGCGCCAGCUGAAGCAUCCCGAAAGCGCGGAGCUCGUGUCGGCGGACAUAGCGCCGUAUCCCGGGGAAACGGCGGAGGGGGAGGUGGGGGUGGGGGUGGGUGAGGGCGUGAGGCUGGUGAAGCAGGAUUUCAUGGAGGAGUGGCCGUGCGAGUGGGAGGGGCGGUUCGACCUGGUGCUGCAGCGCACCUGCCUGUCCUUCCACCCCACCUGGGCCUCCGCCGUCGCCGCGACCCGCCGCCUGCUCCGCCUGCUGCGGCCAGGCGGCUGGAUCCAGCUCGUCGACGGCGCGCCGCCGUACGGCCCCGUCGACCCCGCCGCCGACCCCCCGCACGCGCGCUUCUUCAAGUCGAUCGGCCGCGCGCCGUCGCCCGCCGACGCCGCCAACGGCAUCGACCCGCCCAUCCCGCACCGCCUUCCGCAAUUGCUCGCAGAAGCCGCUGCCGCCGCCGAGGAGGAGGGCGUGCAUUUGGAGGACGUGGGCGAGCGGAGGGCGCGCUCGAAGUGGGGCGCGGCGGCGAAGGGCAAGGAGAUGCAGGACUUGGGCGUCGAGACGGUUGAGGGGAUUGUAAAGAACGUGGAGGCGUUGUGGGAGCGUUAUCCGCAGAUAAGGCGGGUUGGACCCGACGAGUGGACGACGUUGAGCGCGGACGUGAUGAAACAGGUCAGGGAGGAGGGAUUUGAGAUUGAUACGGCGGCGGUUUGGGGGAGGCGGAGUUUGUAG